AUGCAAGCCAUUAAAUGUGUAGUUGUUGGUGAUGGUGCUGUCGGAAAAACCUGUUUACUCAUCAGCUACACGACAAAUGCUUUUCCCGGUGAGUACGUUCCAACCGUUUUCGAUAACUACUCUGCUAACGUAAUGGUUGACCGGAAACCUGUGAACCUUGGUUUGUGGGAUACAGCCGGUCAGGAGGAUUAUGACAGACUACGACCACUCUCAUAUCCACAAACUGAUGUGUUUCUGGUGUGCUUUUCCUUGGUCAGUCGUACAUCAUUCGAGAAUGUUCGUAGCAAAUGGCAUCCGGAGAUAUCCGCUUAUGUUCCUAGAGCUCCCAUUAUUCUUGUUGGAACGAAACGGGACCUUCGUGAUAGUCCUAACGGGCUAAAAUCCACAACGUUUCCAGUAACAUAUGCAGAGGGUUGUAGAAUGGCAAGAGAAAUUAAAGCUGUGAAGUAUCUGGAAUGCUCUGCUUUAACUCAGUUUGGAUUAAAAGAUGUCUUCGACGAAGCUAUUCGAGCAGUACUCAUGCCCGAAGGAAAGAAAAAGAAACAUAGUUCAUGUGAAUUAGUUUAAUAUUGGGAUAAUAUUGCUCUAGUUGUUGUCGUGGAUGCUUCCAUAGAGUAAACAUACAAGUGGGCGAGACUGUGUGUUUGUGAGCUUAUUAUUCUGUAUAAUUAAUUUAUUUUCACAAUUACUCGUUAUCGAUCGACUGACUGGUCGCCACAUUCACCAACACGAUCCUAUACAAAUGUGUGUGUGUAGGUCGUUGUGUUUGUGGUGACACAACCAUCUUUUCUAAUUAUCCGGUUGAUAUUUACUAUUCACAACUACACACAAACAGACAAUAGAAUCUCUUAUGAUUUUGACUGUUCACUCCGUUUUCCUUCGUUUUGAAUCUCAGCCCUGAUUUUUUCGCUUGUUUUAAUUUUUGUGUUCGCACAUGAAUGACCGUGCAUAUUCUUCUCAUUAGUUUACCAGUGUAGGGAAGCUGACUUAUGUAAUAUAUGUUAAUAUUUGUAUUUGAGUUGUUUUUUCUCUUUUUUUCUCAUGUUCAGAUCGAUGAGUAUUCUUUUUUUUGUGUGAUCCGAAUCGUACACACAGGCGUAGUCAUUGUGCUUCCCUCUUUAGUCAAGUUUGUGCCUCUCUUUGUUUUCUUACUUGAUGUUGCCUAAUUUUUUCUCUGAAAAUUGCAUCUAAGAGAACCGUUGCCACUGCCUCCAUCCUCCUUAUGCUAACUAUUCAUACAUAAUCUCUCUUAGUUAGAUUCGCGUUGUUCUCCUUUUCUCUUGUGAUUAUUGUCAUAUUAUGAAACAGAAAUGCAAUGUAAUUCGAUUCAAGACAACUACAAACCAGUAUUUUUUACGCACCCGAUUCGUUGUUAAUGGCGUUUUACAUCACGCUGUUCAUUUGUUCGAACCAAUGUAGAGUGAAUUUUCGAAAGAAACUUUUAAUUAGUGGACGGCAUGGUACUUUCAUAUUACCCUAUGUCAGUCUAACAACUACCUGUAAGCCUGGUCUGUCUUUGUUAUGUCUCUCACACUUUUUCAACUACCUGUAAGCUUGAUUUGUCUUUGUUAUCUGUUUCACACUCAACCUUUGUUUUGAUCUUACAUCCUCUUCUGUAAUUUUGCGAUUAUGAGAUGUAUCGUUUCGUUCUUAAUUUUGUAUGUCGAAUGCGCCACUUUGAAGAAAUUAAAACAAUGAGGCAGACUAUCUUAUCUAAUUAUCAAUUAGUCAUGAUCAUAUUCUCUAUUGAUACUGAUACAUGACAACUUAUGCAUCACUGAACUGAUUAAUUAUUUGCACUCAUUACAUAUUAUUUCUUGAUGAUCAUUACUUGUUGUUUUAUGGUUGCAUUAUAAAAGAUGCAUAUGGAACAAAUGAUAACCAGGAGAGUGUAGAAUUUUAUUAUGUAUAUAUAUAUAUAUAUGCAUAUUUCUGUAUUUAUCUCUACUAAUCAAAUCAUUUGUUUGUUUUCAAAUUGUGUCUGUGUGUGAAGUAUAAAAAUGCAGAAUGCUUUUCGGUAUAUUUUAUGUUUUCUCUUUUGUUUCCUAAAAAGGUAAACUGAUAUUUGUGAUUUCUCUUGUUGUAUUCGUUUAAUAUUUUGAAUGGAUUGUUUUUAUUAUCAUUAUUUGCAUAUUCAAUUAUUUGACUGACUUUUAAUAUAAUUUUCACUGCUUGCUUUU